CCCCACCCCCACGGCCCCAGCAAAAGCGCCUCGCCUUUUCCUUCCCCUACCUCGGAGCGGAGCGGAGCGGAGCCAGGAGCCGAAGCCGGAGGAGGAAGAUCAGCAAGAUGUGCUGCUGCCCGAGCAAGGCGUGCUGCAUCUGCAUGCUCAUCAUCCUCGUGCUCAUCGCCGUCGGCCUCGUCUUCGGCUUCGGCGUCUACACCCGCGGCUUCCACAAGCUCUCCUCCAGCAUCCACCUCCAGGACGGCGCCUCCUACCGCGCCUACGGCCACCUCAACCUCGCCCCGCCGCCCGCCUACUACUAGAGCCUCGAGCCUCCCCCGGGAUCUACUCUGCCAGCAGCACGGCAUGGGAUGGAUCCCCUCCGGCCCCGGCGUUCCGCCGCGCCCUGGGGAUCGACCCCCCGCACAGCGUCAUGCCGUCCGCGAAGAGGAGAUUCCGGGGCCGGUCGAUUUGCAUUGAUUUUCUGCUGGAUUAAUUCCCGUUUGUUGCUUGGCUCCGAUGAUGUCGAUAUUAUAUUUACAGAUUGAUGAUGAUAAUUACCGUUACUAUGUCCC